CUGUUAAAUAAUACUAUCGUCCUUGUUAAGGACCCACAUUCUUUAAAUGUAAUUUCUCCGGAUAUGUUCUUCCCUAUUUUAGUUUAUCUUAUCUUACGAUUAUGCUGUGUGUCCAGUGAUUGUAUUUGGUAUGGUAUUUGUGAUAAUUCCGAUCCUGACCAUCAAAAGUAUUGUGCUUACAAUGGUUCUGCUAAACCAUUGGGCAAAGAUGCUGUUAGCACGCUGUCAACUCUUUGUCCAAAUUAUGCAGUUGGCGAGUCAAAAGUAUGCUGUGAUGAAAACCAGUUGGCACUCUUUUCAAAAUCUGUUUCUCUUGCUGCUAUGCUAUUGAAAAGAUGUCCAGCGUGUUAUGCAAAUUUUCGCUUACUUUUUUGUGCUAUGACAUGUGAUCCAAAUCAAGCUCAAUUUCUUACUCCAACAAUUAAAGGAAACGUGGUUGAUUCUGUUGAAUAUACACUAACAGAUCGUGCAGCAGAUACAUUCUUUAACAGUUGUAAGGAUGUCACCUUUGGAAGUGGUCGUGCAAUUAAUUUAAUGUGUGGAACAUCUGAAUGUACACGUCAAACGUUAUUAGAAAAUCUUGGUAAAUCAACAGGCAGUGGUCGUAGCCCAUUUGAUAUACGCUUUAAUGUUGUUAAUUCAACUGCUUAUUAUUCUGAUGCUUCUCGUCGUAAUCCAAAUAUUCAUCCAUUCGAUUCAAUAUCUUAUCAAUGUAAUCAACCUGUACCAAAACGUUCAUCAAAUGAUCUUGGCGGUGCAGCAUGUUCAUGUGUUGAUUGUACAAGUGCAUGUUCAUCAGAACCACCGGAUUUACCACCAGAACCAAAAAAACCAAUAGAAAUUUUUGGCAUAAACAUAUGGUUAUUUUGUGGUUAUAUUGUUUUCGCUGUAUUGACAAUUAUCUUUGGAACAUAUCAAAUUAUAAAACUUGUUUAUACACACGAUUCCCCAUGGUUUGUUGAUCGUCGUAAUUGUUGUACUGAUGGACGUCAACAAUUGUCAUCACAACAGCAGAAACUAUUCACUGAAGUAGAUCUUAAUGACUCCAGUAGAAUUUGUUGUCUUGGUCUUUUAGCAGCCUUCUUUGAUGGAAUAUUGACAAAAGUGUUUACAUGCCUCGGACGUGUCACUGCUCGUCAUCCGUAUAUUGUGUUACUUCUAUCAUUGAUUGUUAUAGCAAUUCUAUCUGGUGGUUUAGCCUUCCUACAAGUGACUACAGAUCCAGUUGAGCUAUGGUCUGGAAAAACUUCACGUUCUAGAUUAGAGAAAAAUUAUUUUGAUGAAAAAUUCGGAGCAUUUUAUCGAACUGAACAAAUUAUUCUUCGUCCAAAAAAUCAAUCAAAUUUCACACAUAAAGCACUUGGAGAUGCUUCUGGUGAUGUUUUAUUCGGUCCAGCAUUGGAGAAAUCGUUUCUUUUAAAAGUUCUUGAUUUACAAAAAACAAUUGAAAAUAUCUCAGUGUAUGAUAAUGCAGAGCAUGGAGUGAUCCGCUUAACUGGGAUUUGUUUUCAACCGUUGAAACCAGAUAAUCUAGGCUGUGCUGUAACCAGUCCAAUGGAAUACUUUCAAAAUAAUCUCACUUUGUUCAAUUUCAUUAACAAAGAUGAUUUCGAUCUGCCUAUAAAUGAUUAUUUGGAUCAUUUAAUGUACUGUGCAGAUGCUCCAUUAUCAACAAGUGGUUCCCCACUAGAUUCAUCCAUCGGUUGUCUUUCCUCUUCUGGAAUACCAUUACCACCGCAACUUAUAUUCGGUGGUUUCAAUGCUUCAUUUUACAAUGGAUCAACUUCUGUUGUGUUGACAUUCCUUGUGAAUAAUAAUCCUGAUCCGAGAUCACCACAAGUUUUACGAGCAAAACUAUGGGAAAGUGAAUAUAUUAAAGUGGUCAAUCAAUGGAAGGCGAAUAAUCCUGAGAUCAUUGUUAGUUUUCAAGCUGAACGUUCAGUUGAAGAUGAGAUUGAACGUCAAUCGAAUUCGGAUAUUAGCACUAUAGCGAUAAGUUAUAUUGUCAUGUUUGUCUACGUUAGCCUGUUUCUUGGAACGUAUCGAAGUUGUAAAACUAUAUUUGUUGAUAUGCGUGUAACACUUGGUUUAGCUGGUGUAUUGAUCGUCCUCGCUUCGGUACUGGCAUCAGUUGGUUUUUGGAGUUAUUUAAAUGUACCAAUCACAUUGAUUAUUGUUGAAGUGAUACCAUUCCUUGUUUUAGCUGUUGGCGUGGAUAAUAUUUUCAUACUUGUUCACGAUUUUGAACAUGGUCACAGCUUGUUAAUUGAUGAUGUUAACCUGUUAAAAUAUUAUGUAUAUCAAAAAUUAAAUAAUAAUAAUACUAAUGAUAAUACUAACAAUCAAACAUUGAACAAUAAUUCAAAUGGUUCAACAAUCAAUUUAAAUCAAGGUGAACCAGGUAACCAUAGUUACCAUCAACAACAACAACAAGGGCAAAAGUCAAAUGAUGAUGAUAUACUGAAUGCAGCAAUUAAAACGAUGGUUGAAGAUAGAAUAGCUGAAUCAGUUGGAAAUGUUGGACCAUCAAUGUUACUUAGUGGUUUAGCUGAAAGUGUUGCAUUCUUUUGUGGAGCAUUGACUACAAUGCCUGCUGUACGUGUAUUUGCACUAUACGCUGCUAUGGCGAUUGUAUUCAACUUUCUAUUGCAAAUAUUUGCAUUUGUCGCUUUGUUGACACUGGAUGGACGUAGAUAUGCGGCGCGUCGAUUUGACGUGUUCUGUUGUUUUAAAUUAAGCGGUAAUGAUUUAGAAGAUUUUAAUGAAAUCGAAGGUUUGGAUAGUACUGCUGUUGGUGCUACUACGACUAAUAAUAAUGUCGUGGAUGAUCUACGCAAAAGGAAUCAUCUCCGCAAUAAUGUCAAUCACGACAACAAUAACAACAUUCCUGCUACCAAUACUAAUCAUAAGAAUAAAUUAUUCUCUUCCGACAGUGAUUCUUUAUCGCUUAGCUCUACAGCUCUAGAUGAUGAAAUACAUGAGAUUGAUCUAGCUGAACAACAGUCUGGAAGUGGACUGUGCGGUAAUGAAAUGCAUAAAAGUAAAGAAUCAUCACAUUCAUGGCUGCAUUAUGCCGUAGCGAAUUGUCUCACACCAUUUAUCCUCUCUGGUUGGGUUCGACCUAUAGUCAUAAUUCUUAGUCUGGCUUGGUUAUGUUUAGCUGCAUCACUUCUACCCAGUGGAUUACACAUUGGAUUAGAUCAAAAAUUAUCAAUGCCAAUUGACUCAUACAUGUUGGAUUAUUUUAAUGCUUUAAGUAGUGAUUUACGUAUUGGACCACCGGUAUAUUUUGUUGUAACACAAGGACAUAACUAUACUACAUUGGAUGGACAAAAUCAAGUUUGUGGUGGUACAGGCUGUUUGAAUACAUCACUACUGCAAAGGAUUAGUUCAGCGUCUACAUAUCCUAACGCUUCCUGGAUUGCUUCACCAGCUAGUUCAUGGUUAGAUGAUUAUUUCGAUUGGCUUGAUCCGUCAGGUGCACCUUUAUGCUGUCGAAUACACAGAAACACAAAAGCAUUUUGUCCACCUAGUUCAACUGAUCCAGACUGUAUUACCUGCCCUAUAGAAAUGAUCAAUGGACGACCAAGUGACAAGGAUUUUAAACAUUAUAUACAGAAUUUCCUGUCUGAAAAUCCGGGAGCGGAAUGUCCUAAAGGUGGAAAGGCUGCCUAUAACGCUGGUGUUCAGCUUAUCAUUGAUAAGAAUAAUAUUGAAGAGGCCACAGUUGGUGCAAAUUACUUUAUGACAUAUCAUAGUGUAUUGAAACAACCAGAUGAUUAUAUUAAUGCAUUGAAAGCAGCUAGAUAUUAUGCUAAUAAGGUAACCCAAUCAUGGUAUACAACAACAACAUCAGGUCAAAUCGAUAUGACUGGACCAAUACAGAAUAAUACUGUUUUCCCUUACAGUGUAUUCUAUGUAUUCUAUGAACAAUAUUUAACAUUGGCAAAUGAAGCAGCCUUUCAACUUGGCAUAUGUUUACUCGCCAUCUUUAUUGUCACUUUGAUAUUCUUUGGAUUGGAUAUUAUUGCAACAUUGAUGGUGAUAUUCGGUGUCGUGUAUAUUGUUAUCAGUGUAUCCGCUAUCAUGGUCUUAUGGUCGAUUAGUUUGAAUGCUUUAUCGUUAGUCAAUUUAGUUGUGGCUUUAGGAAUAUCUGUUGAAUUCUGUGCGCAUAUAGUUCGUUCUUUUGUAAUCAGUGUAUCACCGACACGUGUAGAGCGGGCUAAAGAAGCACUCAAUGACAUGGGCAGUUCUAUUCUACGUGGUAUUACCCUCACUAAACUUGGCGGUAUAGUUGUUUUGGCUGCAUCGAAAUCUCGCCUGUUUCAAAUUUUCUAUUUUCGUAUGUAUUUAUGCAUGAUAUUAUUUGGCGCUUUGACUGGAUUAAUCAUUCUACCUGUAUAUCUUAGUUAUUUUGGUCCAAAAUUAAAUCUCGCAAUUGCUAAUCGUCAUCAAUCGAAUCAUCGUCGUAAUGAACAUCCACGAGGAGGAGGAGGGGGAGGAGUAAUAUCGAAUAGAUCAGGACAUACUGAAAGAUGAAAUUCACUCCGUCUAUUGUUGUUGUUGUUGUUUUCAUUACUCUCCAGUAGUAGUCAAAAUACACGUUAUUUGUAUGAUAGAUCCUUUUCGAUAUUAUCCCAUAUAUAUAU